GUAGUACUUUCGCGUGUCUUACGAUUUAUUGGGUGUGGUCUACUUUGUGUUGAGUCAUAAUUAAGUUCUGUGAACAUCCAUUUGUGAAACAGAAGACUUCACAACGACAAUGGAUAGGUGAAACCACCCCCAGUGAAGUCACCUGGAACUUCUGAAUAUUUUAUGCGGACCAUGAUAGUAGCAAAGCGUAGUCUUUUUUCUGACGGGCUCUUACCACUCGCUUUUGCUGCAGGCUAGUGUUACGUUUACAUUUGGUCUUUUUUGUUUCUGGAAACAUACUGAUACUGUAUCUGAGAACUAUUGAAAGUUAAGGUCCCGCUGUGGUAGGGGAAGGGACCAUGGAUUGGGACGACGGCUUCCGCGGUAGCAACAACCGGCGCCCCAUCCGACUCCCUCGCGCGUCAGACCAGGACUCGAUAGGCCGUGGGUCCGUGACGUCCAGCUCUCUCCACUUCGGGCCGAAGGAAGGCUUUGUCUGGAGUCCGGGAAACGAGGAAGUAGAUCCGAUAUAUGGGGAUCCUCGGACUAGGGACCCGGUGGAUUCAGGACCGCAGAACCCGCAAGGUUGGCCGGGUAGGCACCCGCCUUCAGCACAAGGGCCGGCUCCUGUUCCAAAUACCGUGCCAUAUCAGGCUCCUGGGCCCACCCCGAGCCAACCAAGGCCGCAGAGUGAGCGUCAACAGCCGGACGACUUGCCGCCGGUAGACUAUGAGUCUGUUGAUGAAACCAACGCGGCCCCCGAGCCACCUAGGUAUGAGAGGGCGAUUCGGCCGAAAACAGCAUUACGGCGUCCUGGUGCACCACCCUCCGGUCGUCCUUCUAGCAAGUCAGGGGACACACCCAAGAAGAAGGCGCCAGAGAGCAUCGCGUCUACCAAGAACGACGACAUAGACAACCAGUCUAUAGACUCCACGUUCAGCGACAUUCCCAACACUGCAAAUAAUAAACGGGCAAAGAUUCUCCAAAACCUUGGCGUUCCCGUGCGAGUGGUGAACGAAGAAAACCUGCCCAAUCUGCAUCGUCAGGAUGGGUCCGACGACGAGAAAGAGGACGAACCAGACGAUAAAGAAGAGAACAAGAAGACGAAGGAAGAUGAAGACGACAAGAAUGAUGAUAAAGAGCCUCCUUUGGAUGAUCGAAAGUUCCUCCCGUUAGUUAAAACUGGUGGAGCUGAGCCGCAAACCGAUGCUCCCUCGGGAACAUACGCAGCUCUGCCCGAGGCAAGCCCGAGCAACAUGUCCUCCGCCGGCCUAGACAACCUGCCGCAGCCUGACUAUGCAGACCCAAAUGAUCUCAUGCUGAAGCCUUACACCAGCCUCCCGGAUAACAUUCAGGAUACGGACAUCAAGGACCCGAAGGGACAGUUCCUGUUCGCCGUGCAGAACGGAGACGUGGAGAAGACCAGGGCGCUGUUGGAACGGAACGCCGUCAGGCACGAGUUCGACAUCAACACCAGCGACGACGUGGGUCGCACGGCGAUAGAGCUGGCGGUGUGUAACCAGCACGAGGAUGUGGUGGAGCUGCUGCUGUACUUUAACGUCAACCUGGGCAACUCGCUGCUGUUCGCAGUGGACCGCGGCAACUGUCGUCUGGUGGAGAGGCUCAUCCACUACACCAAGAGCACCAACAACACUGGACCUCCCAUGUCACCCAAAGACAGCGCCUUCCCACCGGAAGUGACGCCACUCGUCCUGGCAGCGCAGAGAAAUGACUACAAGGUCAUGCGGCUCCUGCUGUUCCAUCACUACACUAUAACACCGCCUCCGGCCCUGAUUGGCCAGAGAGUCCUGAUCCAGACGAGUACGAGGCUGAACAUCCUCCGCGCCCUGUGCAGUCCGUACUACAUCAGCCUCACCAGCAGCGACCCCUUCCAGACUGCCUUCGGGCUCACUGGGGAGCUGAACGAGAUGAUGGUGAUGGACUCGCAGCACGCGCACGAGUACCGCGCGCUGGCGGACCAGUGCGGCGACUUCGCGGCGGACCUGCUGGGCCAGGUACAGGACGUAGACGAGCUGGUGACGGUCAUGAGCGGGGAGGACUGGAGCAAGGACAGGGAGGGCGCCAAGGGGCUGUGUAUGCAGACCAUGCAGCUGGCGGCCUCCAACAACCAGAUAAGGUUUGUGAACAAGGACGUGUCCCAGGGUCUUCUCCUGUCCAUGUGGGCGGAGAAGGUGAAGUGGUGGAACCGGUCGCCCCUCCUGGCGCAGCUGCUGUUCGGCCUGCUGGUGUCCGCCGUCUGCCCUCUCCUCAUCAUCGUCUACAGGAUGGAGGCCAAGUCUUACGUCGGAGAGUUCAUCGCGACUCCCGUUACCAGGUACAUCUGUGAGAUUGGGUUGAGACUGUGGUUUGUGGUGUUUCUCCUGUUGGCUACCUUUCGUGUGGACAGCAGUGAAGCCACGGUGUUGGACACACUCAACAGACAGUCACGAGCUUCGCCCCCAUCUAUUGUGGAAUGGUUCAUUUUGGUUUGGAUCGCUGGGAUGGUGAUACAGAUGUGCACCAACCUGUGGCGUUACGGCGCUCGGAAGCACCUGGCCAGCGUCUGGGGUGCGGUAGAGAUGAUCCUCCUGCUCCUGCUCGUCACGAUCAUAGGUCUGCGGGGCCUGGCGUACGGACGGUACCAGUUCCUGGACUACGACGCGUUGCCCAGCUGGGAGCGGUUCCGGAUCCACUGGGAUCCGUUUUCCCCCGCCCUGGUGGCCGAGGCGCUGAUGGGCCCCUGCCUCAUCCUGUCCGUCAUCCGGAUGAUUCCGUUCGGCAUCCUCAACCGUCACAUCGGGCCCUUCCUCAUGGCUCUAAAGGAGUUGGUGAGGAAUAUCAUAAUGCUGGGCCUACUUUACUUCUUGAUUCUGUUCUCCUUCGCCUGGACCCUGUACUACCUGUACUGGUACUACACCACUGGGCACGAGAUCACCUGCACAGAAGGGACCGACUAUCACGUGACCGUGAACGAGACUUACGUCAACAGCAGCUUCACCCUGGGGGCCGUGCCCUGUGGUACGCCUCAUCCGUUCGGCAGCAUGGAGAACUCUUUGGGGGCCCUGUUCUUCGCUGGGUUCUUCAUCAUCGACCCCACACCAUUGGACCUGACCUUGACCCGGAACGGCACAGUGAUUGGCUAUGGUUCCCUGAUGACGUAUGGCACGGGCGUCACCAUCUACUACCUGUACAUCGUGCUGCAGUGGAUCCUGGCGCUCAGCGUCAUCGGCGUGCUGGCCGGGUCUUUCCGGAAACCCGAGAAGGAGGAUUGGAUUUUCGCCCGCUCCAAGUUCAUGUUGCAGUACUUCGGGCGCCAGUGGAACCCUCCCGCUCCCUUCAACCUGGUCCCCACCCCCCGCGGGCUGGCCAGAACUGUCACAGCGUUCCGCUGUUCCAAGUUCAACCCUGUGCCCAUGGCCAAGAUCCCACGACUGAGAGACCACGAGGCACGAUACAGGUUGGUUGUCCAACGUCUGGUGAAACGCUUCGUCGCGCGGACUGAACCAUACGACGGGAACGUAGGGGGCGUCCUGUCCAAGCUGGAACAAGUUCACCGGUCAACGCGGAGGACAGAGCAUGCGCUGCUGAAAGGCUGUUACGGUGGUAACAGACCUACAGUGGUAAACAAGAAACAGAACAACAACAACUAUCGCCGAAGCAGCACCAACAACAACAAUAGGUUCUAUGACAUACCAGCGGAGGAUUAUGAUAAUUUGGUUCGUCGGAAUGGAGAUGCUACUGCCAUGUAAAAUCUGAGAAAGCAGUAAAAUUCCAACGUGUAUUUGUAUAAUAGAGAACAUGCACUCGAUUCUUACGCUAUAUCAAGUGAUAUUUCGGCCAUGUUCGGCAGCUCCUUCAGUACAAGUCACAUUUACGCAUGGUUUAGCAAAGCACACCUUGUAUGUGUGUGUUUCUUGUGUUCUGAGUAUACAAGAAACAUCUUUGCCAUUUCUGUUGUAAAAAGCAUUUUAAGAUUGAUCUAAUAAGACGACAACCAGUUUGAAUAUUUCGGAGGUGAACAUAAUCCAAAUGACACUCAGCAAGUCUUUUUUAAGGAUUACCUGAAACUGAUUAUGUUGCCAGGUCUAUCCAUAUUAACUUUGGCCUUUUAUUGUUUGUUAAUUACUUGGUGAAUAAAAUUAAGUUUACGAUUUGGUGAUUUACUAUUUAAUCUCAUGAUGCAGAUAAGACUAUAUUAUCCAUUUACUUAUAUAGUAAAUACUAUACUGAACAUCCAUAUAAUUUAUGUGUCAUAAAACAAUCUAAUUGCUACAUGUAAAAUUAUUGUAUAUAUGCUACCAUUUUCUGAAAACACAAGAAAUACCUCUGCUACAGUUACAAUGCUCUUAAUCGAUAAAAGUAUCACAAUGUGCGUAGACGUGUAAAUCAUGGUAGUGUUUUAUUGAGCAAGAAUAUAAAAAUUAUGUGUACAGCUUGUUCUAUAUGAGAAAAGCUACAUUUUUAAGAUAUUCUCUAGCUUCAAAAUAUCUCCAUGGUGCGAUUGAUAAACGCUGUUACGUACAUUGAGGACGUCAUUUUAUUCUGGAUGCUACAUGUGCCUUCUUGGAAAAAUAAACGAUCUGUUUUGAA